CGUCGCGAGCGAGAGGAGGUUAGCAGGGGGCGCGUUCGCCUCCAACACCACUCCUCACCCUUCCAUAGCCCGGUCUAUUGUCUUUUCCAUCCACGUCUUCUCAAAAACGCAAUAAAUCAAACUUGACUGACAAGCAUGAGCAAGCUCUACGUCGGAAACCUGCCGGCGGAUGCCACGGAACCGAAUCUUCGUCAGCUAUUUCAGGAUCACGGGCUAAAUUGCACUGGCGUGUUGGUGAAGCGUGGUGGUUAUGCGUUUGUGGACUGUGCAGACCAAAGUGUUGCGGAUCGGUCGAUCGACAAACUUAACGGCUUCAACUUCAUGGGGAUGCCUUUGCUCGUGGAGCCGUCCGUCUCACCGGCUGCGGGGGUCAGAAAAGGGGCCGUGAAUCAGAUGAACGACCACGGCGUGAGCAACGGCGGCGGCGGCGGCGGCGGCGGCGGCCAGUCUCUGGACGGUCUGGGCGGUGGCCGGCCGCCGCGGCCGCGGCCUAACGGCCGGCCGGGCAUGCCGUUCGGCGGCCUGUCCGGCCAACCGGCGCCGCAGGCUGACUUCCCGCUGCGCAUCCUGGUCAACAGCGAGAUGGUGGGAGCCAUCAUCGGCCGCCAGGGCAACACCAUCCGCCAGAUCACGCAGAGCACCCGCGCCAGGGUCGACGUGCACAGGAAGGACAACACUGGCUCAUUGGAGAAGGCCAUCACCAUAUACGGUAACCCCGAGAACUGUGAUAACGCGUGCAAGAAAAUCAUUGAAGUCAUGAUGCAGGAGGCAGCCAAUACAAACAAGGGUGAGGUCCCGCUGAAAAUAUUGGCCCACAACAACCUGAUAGGCCGGAUCAUCGGCAAAGGCGGCAAUGUGAUCAAACGUGUGAUGGAGGAGACGGACACAAAGAUAACGGUAUCCAGUGUGGCCGACAUCAACAGCUUCAACCUGGAGCGGACCAUCACGAUCAAGGGCGGCCUGGACGGCAUGUCGGAGGCCGAGCGCAUGGUGGUGGCCAAGCUGCGCCAGAGCUACGAGAACGACCUGCAGGCGCUGGCGCCGCAGUCCAUCAUGUACCCGGGCCUGCACCCGAUGGCCAUGAUGUCCACCAUCGGGCUGGGCUUUAGCCGCGGCGGCCAGGGCCUGUACGGCGCCGGGCCGGCCAGCUACCCGCCCAUCUACCCGAGCCCGACCCCCGGUCAGCCGGGCCAGCCGCUCUCCGAGACUGUCUACAUGUACGUGCCGAGCGCCGCCGUCGGCGCCAUCAUCGGCCGCAAGGGCAACUACAUCCGCAACAUCAUCCGCUUCUCGGGCGCCUCGGUCAAGAUUGGCCAGCAGGAGGAGGAGCCGCUGGCCGGACCGGCCGGCCGCGACUCGCCCGGCGGCGAGGGGCCUGAGGGCCACAAGGUGCCGCUCAUGGAGCCCAUGGCUGAGCGCAAGGUCACCAUCUUCGGCACGCCCGAGGCUCAGUGGAAGGCCCAGUUUUUGAUAUUCGACAAGAUGCGGGAGGAAGGGUACGGCGCUGGCAUCGAGGACGUCCGCCUGCCGGUGGAGAUGGCCGUGCCCAGCGCCCAGGUGGGCCGCAUCAUCGGCAAGAAGGGCCAGAACGUGCGCGAGCUGCAGCGCUCCACCGGCACCGUGAUAAAGCUGCCGCAGCCGCCUGAGGACGGCCUGGCGCCAGAGGAGACGGUCGUGCACAUGGUGGGGCCGUUCUACUCGGUGCAGUCGGCGCAGCGGCGGAUUCGGGCGCUCGUGUCGCAGGGCGCGCCGCCGGCCGGC